AAAUCAUGACGAAGAAGAAGGUGGAUCAGCUUCCGUCCGCAAAAUCUUAGAACAGCGGCCUGAAUUCAGUAACAGCAAUAUUCUUCUGUACUGUCGAUAUUUCCCAAGAGUCUGUACUUGUCAAUUGUGUAAGUUUGCCCGAUGGUGACGUGAAUAGUUUGUGGCAUGAUUUUUUUCGGAGAAUGUUGCCGUUUUUGCUGGCCCAUGCAAACCGUUUAUUAAGCUAAUGCUAACGCUACAAGGGGCUUUGCUAGUUGACAAGCUAACGUUAGGCAAACGCGACAUUUUGCCGUGCUUUAUUUGAGCAACAACAACGUCGCCUGACCAGCUUGCUAACUAACCAGAAUAGCAAGAUAAUUUUCGCCGAGAACAGCGACGGUCAUUUCAGACUGUAUGCUAAUACCGCCAGUAAAUAACGUUACGGUGCUGUUGUUUGUGCUUCAGCAUGGCAGUCGUCAUCCGUUUACAGGGACUGGAAGUCACUGCGGGUUCUGAGGAAAUUCGGAAGUUCUUCACUGGCCUCAAAAUUCCAGAUGGAGGAGUGCAUAUAUUUGGUGGGGAGCUUGAGGAAGCGUUCAUUAUCUUUGCUUCAGAUGAAGAUGCGAGAAGGGCCAUGACCCGGUCAGGGGGCUUCAUUAGAGGGUCACCUGUUACAUUGCUCCUUAGUAGUAAAGCAGAAAUGCAGAAUGUACUGGAGAUAACAACACAAAAUGUGGAACUGGAGCAGAAGAGGCUAUCUGAAGACAUGGACCCAGAGGUGGGCAGAACAUCAAGUGGCCGUUCGGGUUAUAGCCCUCCCUUCCAGCAUCACAGAGCUUCAAAGACAGAAGACUUCUUUGGUUUGUUUCUAAAUGGACUGCCUUUCUCUGUAACUGAGGAGGAAAUCCGUGACUUUUUUGGUGGUAUACAGGUUACUGAAAUUGUCAUAGUAAAAAAUCACAAAGGACAGAACAAUGGAAAAGGCUUUGUCAAUUUUUCAACAAGGGAGGAUUCAUUGGAAGCUUUAAAAAGGGAUAGGGAAUACAUUGGUUCACGGUAUAUUGAGGUUCUUGAAACAACAACUAAGGACUGGUAUCGGGCUACUGGCAGAAUGCCAAUGAUGGUAAACAUGGGGGACAACUUUGAAAGGGGGAGAUCACCUGUUCACAGCCAAAGAAAUCCACAACAUUACUCAAGAUCACGUUCACCUGUGACCCAGAGGCAUAUUGCUCCUUCUGGAGAAGAAUACUGUGUGAUGUUGGAUAAUCUGUCCUUUGCAGCGGAAAAAAGAGAUAUAAAACAGCUUUUCCAUAAUGCAAAGCUUGAGAAUGACCAGAUCCUGCAUUUAAUUGACAAGAAUGGGAAAAGAAUGAGAUCUGCAUUUGUACUGUUCAAGAGUCUCCAUGACUAUCGUGAGGCCUUAAGUCAAAGGGAAAGACUUUUUUUCAAUCGACAAGUUUAUAUCCGUCCCAUCUCCAGAGAGAAUAUGAUCAGCCUUCUGGAAUCUCAGAGUUCGAUUGAUGAGCCUCCUGGAAACCCUAAAAGAUCUCCGGAGAGGCCUCCAUCCUACCCAAGGGAUGAUUUUAACUCUGAGAAACUCUGUGUGUUUGUGAGGAAUCUGCCAUUUGAUGUACGAAAAGUUGAGAUCAUUGACUUCUUCCAUGGCUUUGAUAUCACAGAGGACAAGGUAUGGGUGCUGCAUGACCAUAAGGGUGCUGGAGUUGGACAGGCUUUGGUUCUCUUUGGGUCUGAGGAAGAGGCUAUGGGGGCACUCUCUCUUAAUGGACGGCGGUUUCUUGGGUCAGAAGUUGUAAUGAAGUGUAUUUCACGUUUUCAAAUGAAGCAGUUGGCUGCUGAAACACCAGUGAUGCAAGAGCCACUGCCAAGAGGAGAGCGGUACUCAGGCAGGCGCAGCAGGAGCCGUGAGUCAUCCAGUCGCCCUGGUGAAACUUUUUAUUCAGAUUUAAGGAAUCUGAAGGAUGGUAAUGUCCCAUCAACUUAUGCACAGGGUCCCUUCCAUGGAGGUGAUGAUAUGGCUGCACAACGUUCUUCACGAAACAGGGAUAAUGGAGUACGUGGCAGCGUGGGCUCUUUCAACCAGUAUUUUGAUGGUCCCACCUGCGUACAGUUGGUCAACCUACCAUUCCAAAUCAGAAGUCAAGAAAUCUAUGAUUUCUGUUACGGAUAUCGCAUCAUACCUGGAUCUGUUUCUCUUCAGCAUGACCAAAGCGGAAAGCCUAAAGGUUCUGCCACUUUGGUAUUUGAGUCUCGUCAGGAGGCCUUGAAUGCGAUUCGGGAGCUAAAUGGAAGACCGAUAGGUCCAAGAAAAAUACAGCUGAUACUUGUGUAAAGUUGACAUUAUCGUCAACCGGUCUCUCAUUCCUCCGUAUUAUACGUUUAUUCUGUUCCGAUUAAUGUAAAAAUGAUCUAUCAAAAGAAACUGCCUUGUUUUUAUUUUGCGGGGUGUUGAGGAAAUCAGUAUAGCAUAGCCGUUGUAAUUCUUGCUUGAUGUAAUUUUAAGCACCUAAGUUUGAUUUUGAAAAUUGCAUGUCAUCUGGAGAGGCAAUCUGAGUUUUACUUUCUGUAUAUUUAAAACAAAUUAAAAAAUGUAAAAGGAAAAAAAAAUACAUUGCUCU